CACCCGUAGAGUGGACUUUGAUAUCUGAACCUCAGCAAGACUGGCUAGUGGGGACCUAUCCUGAGCAAAACUGGCUCCAGCUGUGCUUACAGAUUCCAAAUGUGGAGCCUUCCAGUCCUUGCUUUUUGGAUGCUCCUUACUGGAACACACAAUGGUGACAGCUUGAAAAACAGAGUCCCCAAGAAUCCAGAAGCUAAAAUGAAUCUUAGCCAGAUUAUUUCUUACUGGGGCUACUCCAAUGAACGAUACGAUGUCGUGACCCAAGAUGGUUAUAUUCUGGACCUUUAUAGGAUUCCUCGUGGGAAAGGGUGUUUUGGAACAGCUCCCCAUCGCCCCAUCGUGUAUUUGCAACAUGGUUUGUCUGCCUCUGCUUUUAAUUGGAUUGGCAACCUACCCUCAAACAGCCUGGCCUAUAUUCUGGCAGAUGCUGGCUGCGACGUGUGGAUGGGGAACAGCCGGGGGAGCACCUGGUCUCGGAGACACGUGUCCUUGUCUCCCAACUCAGAAGAGUUCUGGGCUUUCAGUUUUGAUGAAAUGGCUAACUAUGACCUCCCUGCCACAAUUGAUUUUAUUGUGAAGAAAACCAGGCAGAAGGAACUGUAUUUCCUGGGCCAUUCCCAGGGUACCACCAUUGCUUUCAUAUCAUUCUCUACCAAUCCAAAGCUGGCUCAGAGAAUCAAGAUGUUUUUUGGCUUGGCUCCUGUUGUGUCAGUAAAGCAUAUUAAAGGUCCUCCGAAAAAACUGUUCCCCUUCUUGGAGUCACUAGUAAAGGUCCUGUUUCACAAUAAAGAUGUUUUUUCACAAAACAAGUUCAAUCAAUUCCUUACAAACAAAAUAUGCAACCUCCAGAUUUUUUACUGGCUGUGUAAAAGCAUAUUCCUUUCUACAUAUGGAGGUAACCCGAGGAACUUAAAUGAGAGUCGCUUGGAUGUCUAUAUGGCCAAUUAUCCUGCAGGAACAUCCGUGCAGAAUUUGAUCCAUUGGUCACAGCUUAUCAUUUCUGGCCAAUUUCAAGCAUAUGACUGGAAGGAUCCACUUCUGAAUAUAGAGCAUUAUAAUCAGGUCAUUCCUCCUUUGUACAAUGUGACACUGAUGACAGUACCAACCAUGCUGUGGAGUGGGGGAGAAGAUUUGGUGGCUGACCCCUUAGAUGUGGACAGUUUGCUCCCCAAUAUCUCUAACCUCAUUUACCACAAGAGGAUUCCCUACUAUAAUCACAUGGACUUUUGUAUGGGAAUGGAUGCACCUCAACAAGUUUUCUAUGAACUGAUUAAUGCAAUAAAGAAAAAUAUACAAACUUAAA